UUCAUCAUCACAGAACCAGAAUGUAAAUGGAGAGAAAACCACAGUGACACAGAGGAAGAGGGCGGGCUUCACUCAGCCUCUCUACCAACAAACCUCAACAGUUGAUCACAGAGCACCGAGCAGGACCAUGAAGGAGACGUCUCUACAUCUGCUCUUUGUGAGCUCACUGCUGAUCUGCUCAACAAACCAAGCUCGUCUGACUGUGAGUCCCAGCAGCUCUCAGUUUUUUAGAGGAGACUCUGUCUCUCUGAGCUGUGAGGAGGACGACAGCUCUGCUGGAUGGAGGCUGUGGAGGACGACAACCAAACAAACCAGAGCUGAGUGUAAAGAAUGGGGAGAAUCAUCUGGUUCUUCUUGUAUCAUCAGCUUCAUCUUCCCAGUGGACAGUGGAGUUUACUGGUGUGAGUCCAGAGAGGGAGCAACCAGUAACAUCAUCAACAUCACUGUCACUGGUGGAUCAGUGAUCCUGCAGAGUCCUGUCCUCCCUGUGAUGGAGGGACAUGAUGUCACUCUGCACUGUAAAACAAAGACCACUCCCUCCAACCUCCCAGCUGCUUUCUAUAAAGAUGGCUCCCUCAUCAGGACUGAGCCUACAGGUCACAUGACCAUCCACCAUGUUACCAAGUCUGAUGAAGGCCUCUACAAGUGUAUCAGCAGUCAUGGAGAGUCUCCACCCAGCUGGAUCACUGUCACAGAGAAACCCACCACACCUGGACCUACACCCACCCCCACCUCCUGUUCCUCCUCUUCCCCUUCUUCUAGUUCCACUGACACCACCUCUCCUCCUCCUCCUUUCCCUCUGAUGGAGGUUGUUGUCUCUGUCUGUGGUCUGGUUGUACUGGUGUUACUGGUUCUUCUGGUGACUCUGUGUGUCCGGAGGAAAUCUAAAGCUGAUGCAGAGAAAGUUGGAGAAAAUGACGUCAAAACAUCACGUCAGCCAAUCAGACAGAGCAGAGAGAGUGAUCCAGCUGCAGUCUACUCAGCAGGGAGAACAGAAGACGUCACUUAUGGACAAAUAGUCAUCAAAGACAAAAAGUCAAAGACGAGAGAGAGUGAUCCAGCUGCAGUCUACUCAGCAGUGAGAACAGAAGACAUUAGUUAUGGACAAAUAGUCAUCAAAGACAAAAAGUCAAAGACGAGAAAGACGAGAGAGAGUGAUCCAGCUGCAGUCUACUCAGCAGUGAGAACAGAAGACGUCACUUAUGGACAAAUAGUCAUCAAAGACAAAAAGUCAAAGACGAGAAAGACGAGAGAGAGUGAUCCAGCUGCAGUCUACUCAGCAGUGAGAACAGAAGACAUUAGUUAUGGACAAAUAGUCAUCAAAGACAAAAAGUCAAAGACGAGAAAGACGAGAGAGAGUGAUCCAGCUGCAGUCUACUCAGCAGGGAGAAAGGACGGUGUCAGUUAUGGACAAAAAGCCAACAGACCAAAAAAGACCAGAGCGUGUCCACCAGAACCAGAGGUGGUCUACUCUUCACUGAGGUAGACCUUCACUCCUUCACACCGGUCCACCCACUGACGUCCUGCUGACUGUAACUGCUCACCACAGCCUCUCACACCAGACUACACUCAUUUUAUCAUGCUUGAUAUGUUCCCUUUCUCUGCUUCUAAUGCUGCUUCAUCUUAUUUGAAAAAUCUUCAUCAACUAAAACUAAAGAUGGAAAGAAGAGACUCAGAGUUUCCACCUCUCAGUGUUUCAGAUCAGUGAUCAGCUCCAACAUGUUACUAUUCUCAUUUCUAUGUUCCUGUUUACCAGAAUCUGAUGAUAGCUGCCAUUAGUUUAGUGGUUAAUGAAGUCAUGAACUUUACUGUUAUUUCUAAUCUCUGUGUUUUUGGAGCCUGCUCUUGUUCCUGCAGCAGGGAUCUGGUUUCUCUGCAGGAUCAAUAAACUUUAGUCUCAUUA